AAACCCCAUCAAGGCAUCAACGCCGUUCCACCGCCGCUCAUCUUCUAUACUCUCCUUUUAUUUCCGUUUUUUUCUUCUACAUCUUCUUCGAUUUUCUUGUUCUCCUUCUCCUUCAUCUCUCCAGUUUCCUUCGUUUAUCCCUUUCUUUCUUCUCCCCGGCUGGUUUGAUUCAACUAUUUUUCUCCUUCUCCUUCUUUCUUCCUUUUUUUCUUUUGCCGAAGGAGACGCUUCCGCCGGUGGUCGCCUUCGCCUUCUACAGUGACUCUACAGAAAAAACCCCAGCGCGAGACCUACAAUCAAACACGGAUAUGUUUUCAGGUUUUUUAUUAUGUUUACUGGUGGGUUAUCCGAUGAUCCUAAACAUAAAUGGGUUGACUUCCUGAACUGAAAUGCUGAAGACUGAAGCUGAACUUGGAAUUAUAGCUGAAGACAGUUUUCUUCUCCUUUGAAGUAGCUUUCUUUCGCCAGUUGAAGAACAUCUACGCACAAUGAACAGGAUAACUUCAAGAAGAGUGGCUUCCAAUAUCCACUCCUUGAAAUUGGCACAGAGGACAUUGUGUAGUGAUGCUGGUGCUGUGCCUGGCGCAAUCAAUAGUCAGCAUGAGCGUGAGGAUGGGAAUGUUCCUGUCCAUGAUGUUGCUAUUGUUGGAGGUGGCAUGGUUGGCAUGGCUCUAGCUUGCUCUCUAGCAAGCAUGCCAUUGACAAACCAACUAAAUGUUGCCAUCAUUGAUAGCAAUCCUGCAUUGCUCAGAGUUGAUGCUAUUAGUAAAGAGGAUCGUCCAGAUCCAAGAGUUAGUACUGUCACACCAGCGUCUAUAGCAUUUUUCAAAGAGAUGGGAGCCUGGAAACAUGUUGAAAAGCAACGGCAUGCUUAUUUUGAUAAGAUGCAGGUAUGGGAUUACACUGGUCUUGGAUAUACAAGGUAUAAUGCAAAAGACAUCAACAAAGAAGUACUAGGGUGUGUGGUGGAAAAUAAAGUGCUUCACAGAUCUCUGUUGGCAUGCUUACAGGAGGCAACUUUCCAGAAUACUAUAUACUCUUCGAGAUUAAGCUCAAUGAUCUUACAACCAAGCUCUUCAUCAAGUGCUCGUGGCUCUUUAGCGAAAUUGGAACUGAGUGAUGGGACUAACUUGUACGCCAAAUUAGUUGUCGGAUCAGAUGGCUCGAAGUCACGUGUCAAGGAAAUAGCCGGAAUAAGCUCGACUGGAUGGAAGUAUCCUCAGAGUGCGAUUAUAUGCACCGUACAGCACGAUGAAGAAAGCCAUUGCGCUUGGCAGCGAUUUCUCCCCAACGGCCCAAUCGCUCUGCUGCCAAUCGGCGACAACUUCAGCAACAUUGUCUGGACAAUGAGCCCCGACGAAUCUUUAACCCGGAAAUCACUCUCCGAGGAUGAUUUCGUCAACGAAGUAAACCGUGCACUCGACGCUGGUUACGGCCCGCGCCCAAAAUCUCAGACCACACCUGCCUUCCCAUGGCUAGUCGGAAACAAAACACCGUCAGCCGACGAGCGCUUCGAAGUCCCACCGAAAAUUAAAAAAAUCGCCUCGGACAGAAUGGUGUUUCCUCUAUCUCUGAAUCACGCUAACACGUAUGUGUCGAGACGGGCUGCGCUUAUCGGUGAUGCUGCGCAUACCGUUCAUCCUCUGGCCGGUCAGGGCGUUAAUCUCGGUUUUGGGGAUGCGAUGGCCCUCGGAAAGGUCAUUGCCGAGGGCAUUUCAGUCGGAUCCGAUAUCGGCGAGGUGGCGUUGCUGAGGCGAUACGAAGCAGAAAGAAAGGCUGCGAACAUGGCGAUGAUGGCGAUCUUGGAUGGGUUUCAGAAAGCUUAUUCUGUGGAUUUGGGGCCAUUGAAUGUUCUUCGAGGUGCUGCGUUUCAGGGAGCUCAUUAUAUUUCACCAUUGAAGAAAUACAUCAUCUCCUUCGCCUCGGGUGAGCAGAAGCUACCACUUUUCUCAGCCUGAAUCUGGUAUUGAAUCUGGUAUUUACGACUACCGGGUUUGUCCUAAUGAAUUACUAAAAGCUUCUUAUGUUUGCUCCAUUUAUCGAAAAAUAUAAACCCAACCCGGGUUGAUGUCCAAA